UUGCUGCACUGCAGCCUGUUAGAUGGAUGCGGAGCAGAGCCCACAAGUCUCCUGGGCUGCUUUAGCCAGCCAAGCCUCCAGCCAGGAGCCCUGUUCUGCAGCCCAGGAGACUUGGAAGCUCCCUCUCUCUUUGGGAAAGGGCAGGGAGAGCCAGCUGCAGUGGGCCGGCAGGGAACGGGUGUCAGCAGCUGGGGAUGAGGAAAUGGAACAGAGCUGGAAUCACGCUCCCACCCACCUCUGUCACCGAGCCCCACCUCCCCGCCCUGCCUUCUCCAUGCCAGACACCAGCCUCCCUCAUCUCCCCAGCACUGCUCCACUGGGCGGCAUGCAGAGCAGAGCCUCGCCACACGCCUGCACCCACGCUCCACGCCCGCUCGCUCCAGGCCACGCAGCUCCUGUGCAGCAUUGAGCAUCCUGCCCUCACAGGGAUGCUGCUGCUGCUUCUUGCCAGUGCGCUCAGCUGUUGGGGACAGGAGGCAGACCCCUUCCCCCUGCCAGCCCUGCACACCUUCACCAUGCAGCUGCUGGCUGAGUUCAACAGAACCACCGUACAGUUCCUGGGCAACGCCAGCCUGGACGGGGUGCUGACCCACAGCCUGCAGGGGCGCGAGGCCAGCCAGCACCUCCCACUGGAGUCCCCGGACCAGUGGGAAAAGACAAAGCGCAGCCUGGAGACUUAUCUCUCUUACUUUGAGGACAUCGUCCACCUUGCUGCCAGGGAGAGGAAUGUGCAGUACCCUCUGCGCUUGCACUGCACGCUGGGCUGCCAGCUCUUCCCCAGUGGCACCUCCCAGGGCUUCCACGAGGUGUCGCUUAGUGGAGAAGAAUUCCUGAUCUUCCUGCCCCAGAGGCCCCCCAACGCCUCCUGGGAGCUGCAGAGGCCAAAGGAGAACGACCCGCUGGGCCCAUUCAUCUUGAAGUGGCUAAACAGUUUCCCCCAAACCACCUCCCACCUGCAGGCCUUCCUGAAGACCCAGUGCCCGGACUUCAUGAGGAAGCACCCCUGGAGGGACAGCUCUAAAAGACGUGAUGCCCGUUCACACACCUCACUGGUGCUGGGCCUCACCUUGGGGGCUUUUGCUUUGGCAGGCUUGGCCAUAGGCAUCUUCCUCUGCACGGGAGGGAGGACGUAGUGGUGGUGGCGGUCUCACCCCGCUGCCAGCCCAACGUGGAGCUCUGCUACAGCAACGGACCUGCUCCAUCCCGCCUGCAGGAGUCCCCAUGCCCCUCCUGGCACCAGCACUUCUGCCUGAUCUGAUCUGGGAGCAGCACUGCCCCAGCAAGCUCCUUCUUGGAAACCACACCCCACCUUGGGUUGCGAGGUCCCCAGCAGGUGACACCAGCCCCAGACCAGGGGUGACAUGGCUGGGAUGGGCACGGGGUUGAUGUGCAUGAACAACCCAUGUUAUAAAGCAGUUAGCAGUGGCUGCUUAGCCAGAGGCUGGAAGGUGUCAGGGAGGCCAAGGAAGCCGUGAGCUGGGUAGAAGCGGGUGCAAGACCACGUAAGGGGAAGGGGUGAAUCUAGGGUGCCCCAUUUGGUAGUGGGUGAGAGACCGUGAGUCCUCCCUGCCAGGUAGUGGGGUUGGGGCAGCUGGGGGAGUGACUGACCCCAAUUAGCAGGGGCUGUGAGCACACUGCGGGGAAGGGGGCAGAACAGAGCCUGGACUCGCAUGGGUUCAACGCUGUUUGUUAAUUUGAGGGAAUGCACUGGAAGAGGAGGGUGGAUGCCAGCAGCAGUACAGGGUCACCCCAAGAUAGCUUCAGACUCAUGACACUGACUCUGUAGUUUUACCUGAUUUGCUCCCAUGGGAACUCUAUGCCAGAUGCUGGUAAGACACAGUGACAUAGAAUAAUACCUGGUGUGUCUGGCUUCUGCUUUACGCCAGUGCUAGAGAGCUACCCUGGUAUAAAUGUGUUGCGCGUGCAGGACGGAGUCACCACUGCCCCCUGCUCCCUUGUCAACUAACGAACGGGGCAGUGAGGCACAGAGAAGUCCCAGUGGCAAGGGAUCGCAGGGAGGUGCCAUCCCGCAGCCAUGCAGCUUGCCGCAAACUGGACAACGACUUGCAAUAUUGCCAGUGUCAAGCAACAAACAAUCGCUAGCUGGGCUACAAAUCAUGAUGGCGUUGGCUUAACAAAUCUCACAGCAUUAAACCUUGCAUUUAUUAUUUUAUUUGUCUUCUCGUCUCUCCUCCCAAAGGGGCGCUAGGGGUCUGGUUCACACUUCUCCCUGCACCCACAAGGGCUAAACACUUUCUGUCUUGAAGCAAAAGCCAAGCUUGUCUUGCACUCUUGUGUUGCUCUUUUAGGGAAAUACUAAAUCUCACCAGAUGUUUGGUAAAAUCAGGCAAGUUGCUAGUGAUGCCAGACUUGCCCAUUAUAUAGCAGCGAGCUUCUCUCUUAAUAUAAUUUGGUCAAAAAUAUUUUGCAAAGGGAGGAGGUAAACAGACAAGAAGGUGGGGGUGAAAGAAGAUAAAGAAAUGAUGGGAGAAACAGGAGGGGAAGGCAAAGCAUUGUGUCAAGAUUAAUCACCAGGGAUUGAUCAUAGGUGUUUAAAAGACCAAUAUUUACCCAUUGUGUCACAAGGUCAGCCAAGACUCUAGGCCAAGUGCUCAGAGGCCUUUUCCAUCUAAGCAAGGCAAUUGCUUUCCUUUUAAUGGUAUUCCAAAUUGGAGGGGAAUGACUCUUUCCACCCUAAUAGGGGAUUCCUUUGGGAAUCAUAAGAUGCGAACGCCAAGAUUUCGAAGAGAUAAGAAUAACAAUAGCCAUAACAAUAAAUGAGGACACUAACAUGGGAGUCUUAAGCAAGGCACUCAAAUAACUGGCCUGAUGACAAAACUCCUGUGUGUUUCAGCCCCGUGAACACUCAGGCAGGUGUUUGACCACAGCAUUAGGAGUGUCACGGCAGGCCAUCACUUUUGGCAAUCUUGGCCUUCAAACACAGACUGCUGUCAAACACCAGCCCUGCCCUCAGGGCACAUCUGACUUCCCUCCAGGUCGUGCUGAACACUGGCCUUUGGCUUUCUGUUCUUUGCUGUUUGGAGCACGUCUCUCCAGCCGCGUGCAGGUCAGGCUCAGAGUCCAAGUACCUUGGAGGAGGUCUCUGACCUGAGGCUGCUAUGGAUUAGGCUAGAAAUGUUAUUGCUUUGCCUCCAAAGCAUCUGCUACGCUGCAGACAUUUGCAGUGGAAAAUGCUUUAUGUAGGAGACUGGAGCAAAAUCUCCUGCACCUCCUGUGGCAAGCACAGCACUUGCUGCCAUGGUAAAGACAAGUUAGGAAGGGGUUUAAUAUGUACAUCAAACAUUAUUUUAGUGCAGUCCAACUCCUGGAAACAAGAAGGGAGCCAGUAGUGUGUGAGCAGCCUGCUCUCUGGAGCCCCUCACUGCGUAAUCCUGUGCAAGGAGCCCAAUAUGGAGACCUCUGAGCUGCUAGGUCAAUCAGCACCUGCAGGCCCCGUGCAGGAUUGGUCUCUAUGGGACGAAGACAGACUGAAGGGGCUGGGUUUGGGACGUGACAGGAUGGGCUCCCUCUGACAACCUUCCCCCUCAGUCAGGGUGACACCCUAUGUUUUGGGGCCCUGCCAGGAAGGCUUUGGCUUGAGGGCUCAUUAAACAGCGCUGAGUGCAAUGGGGCUGGUUUUUCAUGUUUGGCUCUUGAAAUACAUCAUGUUUUGGAUGGCUUAAUAACACUAUACUGGGGAAGAUUUCUGGGAAAGUCUAGUUCCUGUUUGCUUGUUCUCUGCUGCUGCCUGGCUUAGGGCAGAGAAGAGAUCACAGAGGGACAAUGAACAUGCCAACCCCAUGGCCUUGCAGUUCCCUUUGCUUUUCUGGGGUUUGCUGCUGCCCCCUACAGCUAUUUUGCAGCUUAUUGUGCUACCAUUUUCAGUUCCAGCCACCUUGCUGGUUAACUCCUGCUAACCCGGACCUGAAGUGCUGAUGGGCUGCAGGUAUUGCUGGACACAUUCCAUGCACAAUUUAGCACUAAGUACCUAGACACAAAAGGCUCUGCAACCUUUCCUUACCAAAUCCAGGAAGGGAGGUAUGCAUUAUCUGUCGGCUAUUCGCAGCAUGAAAAUGGCUGCAGAAUGCAGGCAGAGGAUAAUGUGUCCCCAUGGAAAAGUUUCUUCCUGCCCACUUGAAUUAGAAGUUAGCUCACGCCUUUGGUACAGAGUUUAAAACAACUUAUAUAAAUGUUGUAAUUAGGAGUUAAAUAUGCAACUUGCCCAGUUUUUCCAAGACUCUGGCUAGUGGCUAAACUCUUGAUCUCAACCCUAUCUUUCGAGAAGGAGUUCCAGAGGUAAAUUAUGCGGCAUGUAGAGUGGUAUUUGUUUUAAACUUGCUCUCUGGGGGCUCCUCUUAUUACACAAGAGAGUGACUAAAAGUGCCCAACUGGCCGUCUUUAAGCCACAGGUACUUUUACUACUUUAUUUAUUCCCGUCUUUUCAGCCUGUCUCCAUAAACUUUCUUUUUGUUUUAAAAAUGGCUCCGUUUUUAAUAAUUUCCAUUAUUCAUCUCUUCCGGCAGCAUUUGUUUUAAAAAUAAGGUGACUAGAGUGGAAUGCAGUCUGCUCAGAGAGGGCAUCCCAAUGAUUAAGAUGAUGCCGUAAAUAUAAUAUAUACAGGAUUUCCUCUCAUUCCUUCCCCACCAAGGGCCAGACCCUGUUCCACCUAUUAGGUGCCUAAGAAGACUUGAGAUGCUUUGAUGAAGAUUAAAUUUAGCCACCUUUCUCGUAACAUGCAUCUAUUCUCAUCUUAGCCUUGAGACUAAUUCAAAAGAAAGCUGUGAGAAGAGAACCCACCCACAUUUUGUAGCAAUAGGGUUUCAGGGAGCUGAGCAGUAGCAUUACAUCCCUUCCCUCUCCAGCCCCUAAAUUAACUUAAAAGCAUCACAAGAGAAUUUUAAAGCAUCGCAAGACGAGGAACGCUGACCCUACGAACCUGCUUCAGCUUCAUGCCGUCAGAACACAUGUCCUGCCCAGUUGACUGAGACUGCUGCAAUGGGAGGUACAAGGACUAUGGAAAAAUCCACCUAAAGCAGCUGAUCAGAGCAAUGAAAACCUGGCAGAGACAUCAAUCACACCAGCAGCUAGUCCAAGACCUGCACUAAGGUAGGAUCAAAGCAUCUAGUCAGACCAGUCCCAACAAACAUUUGCCUAAUCUGUUCUCAAACUCAAGUGAUGGGAAUGCCACAGCUUCCCUUGACAGGACUUACCUAUCCCAGGAGAAGAAAAAAAAAAAAAUGCUUGUACCAAUAUCUAACUUCAAUCUCCCUUUUUCUUCAAUCUCCCUGCAAAUUAAACCAUUGCUUCUUAUUUUACUGAAGACAAAGGACAAUUGAUCAUGGGUUUUUUUUCAGAAACUAUUCAUAUAUUUGAAGACUUUGUAUUUAAACCCUUUUAGUCUCUGCUAGACUAAAACAACCUCC